AUGCCAGGAGUGAGAUCCAGUGCUCCUGUCCGUGGUGACUCCUUCUCCGAGAUAGUGGUGCUUAUGCCGGUGUCUAACACUUGCCCUUUCCUUCUCUGCCAGGUACAGUCUGUUACGCUGAAGAAAUCCUUCCAAGGUCCCCUAGACUGUGCCCAGACAUUAUACAGAGAGCGGGGCAUCCGUGGGCUGUAUCGGGGGACACUGCUGACACUUAUUAGGGAUGUUCCAUCCACUGGGGUUUAUUUCAUGAGCUACGAGUGGAUGAAGGAAAAGAUGAGAGGAGACAGGAGCAGAACUAGAGAGCUCAGGGCUACACAAAUCCUGCUGGCUGGUGGAGUGGCUGGCAUGUGUAACUGGCUACUAGCCAUUCCGGCAGAUGUACUCAAGUCUCGCUUCCAGACAGCUCCUGAGAAUCGCUAUAAGAAUGUCCUGGAGGUUCUGAGGGAAGUGUUGCAGUCGGAGGGACCCUGUGGACUGUAUCGAGGAUUUACUGCCGCCAUGCUCCGAGCCUUCCCAGCCAAUGCAGCCUGUUUCCUGGGAUUCGAAGCCUCAAUGUCAUUUCUGAAUUGGCUGAUUCCAGAGAGAGUGUAACCCCCCAGGAUCCACAACUGUUCUCUUCCAGUCCAUAUGGGGUCUCCAUCUGUAUCCCCUCAUGCUCUCAUCUAGUCACAUGUCAACACUUCAUUCCAAAACAACAUAUGGAUCCACUAUAUUACUUGCUGACAAAUCCAGACUAACAGUACUGCUAACAUUUCGUUUUAUUUACAUACAUAGCAUUAAGGUCUACAGAACAUUCCUUCUCUGUAUAUUUAUACAUAUGGGAGGAGGGAGGUGCCAUAUUGAUUCCCU